CGAACAAAUAGGCACCAGUUGGAACCCUCUAACACAAUGUUGCACUGGUCCUUUACGCACUCCCCAACACAGAAUCAUCUCCUCUCUCUCACGCUGCUCAUAUCGCCACCGUACUCCGCCGUAGAAUGGCCCGUCUUGGAGAAGGAGACAAACGAUGGAUCGUAGAAGACCGACCCGAUGGCACCAAUGUUCAUAAUUGGCACUGGGCUGAAACUGACUGCCUCGAAUGGUCUCGCAACUUCCUCACUAACCUCUUAUCCAACAAAACCCUAAUUAACGGCGAGAACAACCUCGAAAUACGCACAAAAAACCUCGAGAAACUCGAAGGAGAAGCCUACGUCAAUAUCCGUAAGGGGAAAAUAAUUCCGGGCUACGAAUUGAAUUUAAUUCUCUCCUGGGAAGGGGAAUUAAAAGAAGCUGAUAAUUAUAGUGUGACGAAAAUUGAAGGGAAUGUUGAAAUUCCUUAUAUAGCCGAUGAGAAUGCUGACGAAGAACCGGAGAUUAAGGUUAAUGUAAAAGAAGAUGGACCGAUUGCGAAAAAAUUGAAGGAUGCGUUUGUUGAAAAGGGAAAGCCGUUUGUUUUAGAGCAAGUGAAGGCGUAUGUUAAUGCUAUGGCAAAUGGUGGACCCGCUAAGGAUGAAGCUGAGGUGAAAAAAUUAGCUAAGAAACCCACCGGCGCCGGAAAUGUUGUCUCUCUGGCCCCCGCUCCGGCUCUAGUUGCUGUGGAUGAGAAGGCAAAGGGUGUGGUAAAGAAGGAGAAGAAGAAGGAAGGGUUUAAGACGAUUACGAUGACGGAGAAGUUUAGUUGUAGGGCGAAAGAUUUGUUUGAGAUAUUGAUGGAUGAGAAAAGAUGGAAGGGUUUUACGCAGAGUAAUGCAAGGAUAAGCAAAGAGGUGGGAGGGGAGUUUAGUAUAUUUAAUGGGUCAGUUACAGGAACUAAUGUGGAGUUGCAGGAAGGCACAUUAAUUGUUCAGAAAUGGCGGUUUGGUAGCUGGCCUGAUGGCGUCCAGUCCACGGUCCGAAUUACUUUUGAGGAGCCUGGAUCUGGAGUUACAGUUGUCAAGCUGACACAUACAGAUGUACCAGAGGAAGACAGAUAUGGUCAUGCAACUGUUGUGGAAAAUACUGAGAGAGGAUGGCGGGACCUUAUCUUCCAUAGGAUACGAGCUGUUUUUGGUUUUGGAAUCUAAAUUUUCUAAAGGGGUGAAAUCUACAACUGAUGCUCCUACAAUAUGGAGUGCAAAAACUGAAUGGGACUGCUUGAUCAAGAUCAACUCUUGCGGACACCAUGGACCUAAGAGUAUUUUCAAUUGAACUUUUCCUUAGGUUGAUUGUCAGGUUUUUCUAGCUUAAUAACUAAAUUUGAUGGUGAACUUGUAGAAUUUGUGUUCAUGAACUUACUCAAUUUGUCUUUAAUGAAACUUAAUUCUUCUUUGCUGGAUGA